AUGGUAACAUGGGUGGAGGUAGUACUGGUAGUGGUGUUGUUUUUGGCUGCGUCUGGAAGAGGAGCCGAUCACGAUGAUAUCGUCCUAAAGCACUGUGAUUUAACAAGGUAUCCUGAACGAUGUCGGCAGGUGCUGAUGGAAUUCAACGAGACCAACCUCGUUGUUGAUGAGCGUCGAGAUCAGGCUAACAGUACUGUCGCUGUGCUGUCGGCUCUCCUUCGCAGAACCAUUUCAGAAACCAACAACUUGCCAUCUUCCCACUUCACCGUUCUUGAUUCCGGCUUGGAAAUCAGCCAAGCUCGCGGUGCUCAAGCAGCCUCAGAGUAUUGCAAGGAGCUGACGGGGAUGUCGCUGAAAAGGCUGAAUCAGUCGCUGUCGGCUCUCCAGAACUCUCAAACCAAACGCAAACACGACAUCCAGACAUGGCUGAGCUCCGUCCUUACUUUCCACGAAGCCUGCACAGAUUCCAUCCGCCAACACAGUCUCUCCGCCGCCGACGUGGCAUCUGAUCACAUCUCCGGCAAGAUGAACUACCUCUCCCAGUUAACCAGCAACGCCCUCUCGCUCGCCAACAGAAUCACCGGUACGGAUAAAAAGAGCAGGGGACACGUGGCGGGAUUUCCGGACUGGGUAUCGAUGAAGAACAGGAAGCUGCUGCAGGGUGGCGGCGGCGGCGGUGUUAGGGCGGACGCGGUGGUGGCAAAGGACGGGACGGGGAACUACGAGACGAUCUCGGCGGCCAUAUCGGCGGCUUCGGGGCGGAGCCGGUUUGUGAUAUACGUGAAGGCGGGGAUUUACGACGAGAAAAUCCGCACCAACAAAGAUGAGAUCACUCUGGUGGGAGAUGGUAAAUAUGCUACUGUUAUUGUCGGCGGCGAUAGUGUCAACGGCGGCUCUACCAUGCCUGGCUCUGCCACAUUCACAAUCACAGGCGACGGAUUCAUCGCAAGAGACAUCGGCUUCCAAAACACGGCGGGCCCCGGCGGAGAACAGGCGGUGGCACUCUACGCCGCAUCCGACCGCUCCGUCUUCUACCGCUGCAGCAUCACCGGGCACCAGGACACCCUCUACGCCCUCGCCCUCCGCCAGUUCUACCGCGAGUGCGACGUCUCCGGCACCAUCGACUUCAUCUUCGGCAACGCCGCCGCCGUCUUCCAGAGCUGCAGCCUCCUCCUUCGCCGGCCCCGGCCGGGGAACUCCGUCGUCAUCUUCGCCAACGGCAGGACGGACCCGGGCCAGACGACCGGGUUCUCGCUCCAGGCCAGCCGGAUCUCGGCCGGGCCGGAUCUGGGCGGCUUCGAGUGCUACUUGGGCCGGCCCUGGAAGCAGUACUCGAGGGCGGUGGUGAUGGAGUCCAGCAUCGACGGCACCGUUUCGUCCAAGGGUUGGGCCGAGUGGCCCGGUCAAGGGUCGUACUCCAAAACGCUCUACUUCGGAGAGUUCUCGAACAGCGGGCCCGGUGCAGGCACCUCGGGCCGGGUCAGGUGGGCCGGAUUUCAUGUGAUGGGCCCCCAGGAAGCUGCCAAAUUUACGGUCGCAAAUUUCAUUGCCGGGAGCUCCUGGUUGCCUUCAACUGGGGUGACUUUCGUUGCGGGACUCUAG